CAUGAAAUAGCAUACGACAUUUACACGUGUGUCAUCCCCCUCCUGCCGUUUUCAAAGUUGGAGUGCCUCAUCCAGCUGGUGAGAGCUGGGGCCACGCUGGACGUCUCCACUACACGCUACGCACAGACCCCAGCCCACAUCGCCGCUUUUGGGGGACACCCCCAGUGCCUCAGCUGGUUGAUUCAAGCAGGAGCCAGCAUUAACAAACCGGACUGUGAGGGCGAGACCCCCAUUCACAAGGCGGCUCGCUCUGGGAGCCUGGACUGCGUCCGUGCCCUGGUGGCCAACGGGGCCCACAUCGACCUGAGAAAUGCCAGUGGCCUGACAGCAGCAGACAUUGCUCAAACCCAGGGUUUCCAAGAGUGCACCCAGUUUCUCUUGAACCUGCAGAGUUGUCGCCUGAGCCGUUUCUAUGACAACGGCACCGUAAACGGGGGCCAUCAGAACCCCUUCCCUAAUCAUACUAGUGCGGCAGCAAAUCGCAAGAGGUGCUUAGAAGAUCCGGAGCCCUUUGGAGUGAAGAAGGCCAGAACCGAAGCUCGGAGCUCGGGUCCCUGCACGCUGCUGGGGAACGUCGACGUGGAUGAGGACGCUGACAAAAUGCUGGUCGACAGAGAGCUUGCUGCUGUAACAGAUAUGAAAAACAGUAGCCCCGUGUCGGAUACAUUGACAAAUGGAUGUGUCAUCAAUGGACAUUUGGACUUCCCCUCCACGACACAGCUCAAUGGGAUGGAGAGCAGGAAUGACCACUGCUUAUCAGGAUCUAAUGGAAUUAGCAAUGGAUUAGUUGGAGGACGGCCUUUUCCAAGUAGCCAGGGUUCUGUUUGUGUUAAUGGGACCGAGGAGCCAGAAAAGACCAUGAGCGUUAACGCAGAGAUGUGCGGCUCUCUACACCUGAACGGGAGUCCGAGCAGCUGCGUAGCUAACAGGCCUUCCUGGGUGGAGGACAUUGCGGAGAAUCUGCAGUACGGGCAUUACCAUGGGUUUGGGGACACCGCCGAAAGCAUCCCCGAGCUUAACAGCGUGGCGGAGCACCCCAGCUCCGCGAAGGGGGGAGAGAGACACGGCGGUGCCGCCCUGGGGGCCAUGCACCUCUACCACGGCUCGUAGAGACCAGCGGCCCGGCGUGUCGGGGCGCGCCCAUCCCCCCAGUAGCCGACUCCAAAUACUCGCGGAGCACCCGUUGGAGGGAAUGCCGCGACCUGUACUGUUUUUAUACUUCAGCUUUGUGAAGAGUCAGCUUUUAUUUGGAAAGUUCCUUGUGAGUCCUAUUGUGUGCACGAGUAGGGCUGACGUAGAGCACAGGGGUUUCUCCUGUGGGUGGCGAGCCUCGUUCAGAAGUUAGUUUUCCUUUGAAUCCCAUCACCAUAAAAUGCCAUCUUUCCUCUUGUCAAGUAAAAUGACAUCACAUCAGGAUAAAUGAGAGGCAGUAAACGAGGUCCCUCGUGACUCAGCUCCCUGCACUUGGUCAUUUUGAAAAGCUUGCUUUUACUCUUUCCCGCAGAGCUUAUGACAGAAGACAGCUCUUUCCCUAUGCAAAGUACAGCCUUACCAAGAGUUCUUGAAGAAAAGAACAUUUGAUUCUUUCAAAGUCUUUUCACUGAAACUUUGCAACUUGCCGUGAGGGGGGGGUCUUGCUUACAGGCACACGUGGCGGUUUGGGGGUGCACAUGGCCCCUUCUUCAACGGUGUAGCUCCCUGCCCUGGGUUUCACUGAGAACACCUGCCAUCUGGGACUGACUUUUGACCUGUUGUGAUUUUAUUCCACAUUUCUUGCUUUGUCUCUACAGUUUUUACCACAGAUAACGGUUUCCUUUAUAUGUAGUGGAAAUUACUAUUUGUAGGAACUGUCAGGUCAGAAUAUUUGACUAUUUUGACUUAUAUUUUCUUUUUUCCUUGUUUUUGUUUUUGGGGGUUUUCUGCUUUAAAAUCUAUACCACUAUGUAUAUCCAGUCCACUGAGAGAAUUUUGGAUCUCUCUUAAUAAAACUGCACUAAGUUUAUGGUUUUAUAGAAAUUAGCUUUUGUUUAAGCAACUAGUGGUCACACUGUGCAAAUAUUGUAACGAAUUUUUACUUUUCUGAUUUUUGUAAUAAAAAUUGGUGAAGAUAGAGAAAAUGUCAAAUGAACAAGCCAAUGUUCUAAGAGUGUUACUAACAUCUUGUUUUUAAACUGUACUUUACAAAUUGAAUAAAAAACUCUCACACUCGA